AUGGUCGCCGCAUCAUGGAUCACAGGACCCGUCUUCUUGGUCGUGGUUAUCUGGGCAUGCAUUGUGGCCCUGCAAGAUUCCGGCCACAAGAAGCACGACCUCGAGCUUUCGGAGCUCUCUCUGCUGCACGGAACCGGGAUUGUUGUGGGAGGAUGGGUUGUGGGCACGACGAUCGCGUCGGACGUCUUCCGCUUUGCUCGGUCGAAGCGUCAGGCUGCAUCACUUGUUGCCCUGCCUCGGAGCUGUUCCCUGGCAGUCUACAUGGUCGCCGGAGUCUUGCUUGCUCAAGCAUAUGGGACGGACGAUGUCAUCACAAUCAUGCACGAGUCUGUCGGUCUCGGAGCUGUCGUAGUCGUCGUGGCCGGAGAGAUGGUCAUCAACUGCACAAACAUAUACUCUGCGUCUCUGGCCAUUGUUGCUUUGAUUGACACUGUCUUUGGCUGGCAAAUGCCCCGGCCUGCCGUGACGGUGGCGUGCGGCACGGUCGGCAGUGCCUUGGGGGCUUGCGGCAUUCUCCGAGGUUUCAUUCCCUUCCUCGACCUCCUCUCGGUGACCUUCCCACCUGCGGCUGGCAUCAUCUGCUGCGAGUACCUCGUGGUCAAGGGUUUCCGAUCGCAGCUGGACGAGACGCGGGCUUCUGGGACGAUGCCGGAGGCAGCCCCCGUGUUUGUCCCGGCUUCCCUGGUGGCCUGGUUGGCAGCAGCACUUCUGGGACACUUCUUGCCGCGGGGCAUGCCUUACCUCUACUCCCUGUGCCUUGUCUAA